GCUCCGUUAUAAAACCCCUGUGGUCGCCGUGCGCAGACGACGCUACGCUCGCCUACGUUGUUUUCCUCAUCGCCGGGGUUCCACAGAUUGCCGCUGAACUACGCUACUGCGAAGUCGGUAUUGACAGCGGCACAACAGACGCGGAAUAAGUUACAGAUGGACCAGCAGGCCCAGUCCUAUAUGCUUGCCAGUUUAACACGGCCUCACUCAGAGCAGUUGCUGCAGGGCCUACAGCUUCUGCGGCAGGAUCAUGAACUGUGUGACAUUGUACUGCGUGUGGGUGAUGCUAAGAUCCAUGCCCAUAAAGUAGUGCUGGCCAGCAUCAGCCCCUACUUCAAGGCCAUGUUCACUGGGAACCUGUCCGAAAAGGAAACGUCGGAAGUGGAAUUCCAGUGUAUCGACGAGGCUGCGCUUCAGGCCAUCGUGGAGUAUGCCUACACGGGCACAGUCUUCAUCUCCCAGGAGACAGUGGAGUCGCUCCUGCCUGCCGCCAACCUGCUCCAGGUGAAACUGGUGCUCAAGGAGUGCUGCUCCUUCCUUGAGAGCCAGUUGGACGCCGGGAACUGCAUCGGCAUCUCUCGCUUUGCCGAGACGUACGGCUGCCACGACCUGUGUUUGGCCGCCACCAAAUUCAUCUGUCAGAACUUUGAGGAAGUGUGCAAAACGGAAGAGUUUAUCGAGCUGACGCGGGCCGAGCUGGACGAGAUUGUGUCCAACGACUGUCUAAAGGUGGUCACGGAGGAGUCAGUGUUCUUCGCGCUGGAGUCCUGGAUCAAGUACGACGUGACCGAGAGGCAGCAGCAUCUGGCGCAGCUGCUGCACUGCGUGCGCUUGCCUCUCCUCAGUGUCAAAUUCCUCACGCGCCUUUACGAAGCCAACCACCUUAUACGUGACGACCACGCAUGCAAGCACUUACUCAACGAGGCCCUUAAAUAUCACUUCAUGCCAGAGCACCGGCUCUCCUACCAGACAGUGCUGUCCACCAGACCCCGAUGUGCCCCCAAGGUGCUGCUCGCGGUCGGGGGCAAGGCGGGUCUUUUUGCCACGCUAGAAAGCAUGGAGAUGUACUUCCCACAGACGGACUCGUGGAUAGGGCUGGCCCCACUCAGCGUGCCUCGAUACGAGUUUGGCGUGGCGGUGCUGGACCAGAAGGUGUACGUGGUGGGGGGCAUCGCCACGCACAUGAGGCAAGGCAUCAGCUACCGCAGACUAGAGAGCACCGUGGAGUGCUGGGACCCCGACAGCAACACCUGGUCCUCGGUGGAGCGCAUGGCCGAGCGCCGCAGCACCCUCGGAGUGGUGGUCUUGGCGGGGGAGCUCUACGCGCUGGGCGGCUACGACGGCCAGUACUACCUCCAGUCGGUGGAGAAAUACGUCCCCAAAUUGAAGGAGUGGCAACCCGUGGCGCCCAUGAGCAAGUCCCGUAGCUGCUUUGCCACUGCCGUGCUGGAUGGCAUGGUGUAUGCCAUCGGGGGCUACGGCCCGGCGCAUAUGAACAGUGUGGAGCGUUACGACCCCAGUAAGGAUGCCUGGGAAAUGGUAGCCCCCAUGGCAGACAAGAGGAUCAACUUUGGGGUCGGAGUCAUGUUGGGAUUCAUCUUUGUGGUGGGCGGACACAACGGUGUGUCCCACCUCUCCAGCAUCGAGCGGUACGACCCGCACCAAAACCAAUGGACCGCCUGUCGACCAAUGAAUGAACCGCGAACUGGUGUCGGCUCCGCCAUCGUGGACAACUACCUCUAUGUGGUGGGGGGCCACUCGGGGUCGUCCUACCUGAACACUGUCCAGCGCUACGACCCCAUUUCGGACAGCUGGCUGGACUCCAGUGGCAUGAUGUACUGCCGCUGUAACUUUGGCCUGACUGCCCUUUGACCCAUGGCCCAGCCGGCCAGGAUUCCGUAAGAGAAGACUCGGGACGAAAAGGCGGUUCUUUUUGUUUCUCUUUCCUCUUCCCCCCACCUUCCCCCCCCCCCCCCCCCCCCCCCGCGCUCAGCCUCCAGGGCCCGUACGAGGCACCUCGCCGACGUGAUUCCCCAGAGGAGGGAGCCUGCUGGGUGGGUACAUGCUCCAGGGCCAGCUAGCUCGCUCGCUAGCUAGCUGGUGCAGAGGAGCACCAAGAUGGCGGCACAAAAUGAAGAGGUGCUGCUCAAUGGGGUAGGAGGAGAAUGAGGACAGGCAGUUGUCACCGAGGCGAUGAAGAGACGGCCGCUGCUGUACUCUGCAGCUGAGCCCUUUAACACGGGCAAGAAAUCUGUAACUUUUUUAUUUUUGUGUGUGUGUGUGUGUGUGUGUGUGUGUGUGUGUGUGUGUGUGUGUGUGUGUGUGUGUGUGUGUGUGUGUGUGUGUGUGUGUGUGUGUGUGUGUGUGUGUGUGUGUGUGUGUGUGUGUGUGUGUGUGUGUGUGUGUGUGUGGCUUCAUUAAAAAAAUAAAUAUAAAUCUUUAAUUACUUUAAGAAGGGCUGCCUUUUUUCUCUCCUGUAAAUAGUCCAAAUGGUUUGUGUACUGAUUCAGUGGUCAAUGGAGAGAUGACCCACCCUCACAGGCCCAGGCCAACACACAGGUGGCUGUGCUUUCAACAUACCCCCCCCCCCCCCCCCACACAUGUCUGUUUCUGCCUAACCCUGGGAGCCAAUGAGAAAUGCCUGUUACACCUCUGUGCGUCGGUGUGUUAUUUCUCUGGAAAAGCAACCUGGAUCCUACCCUCCUCCCCCCUGGAUUAAUAACCAAUACUAACUGGUGCUAUAUGUAGGAUUCAGGAGCCCUUUCUGUUCGUCGCCUAACAUAAAUUAUUGUUAAUAUAAAUUAUUUUGUUUUUUUUCUUGACCGUUUUUAGUUGACUUCUAUUCAGCUGGAACGUUAGUCUGCUUUGAAAUGCCCCUGAAUCUUACACCUCCUGACCUGCCCAUGCAAUAAAACAAAAUCUCCGUCCCAUUUAAAGCAAUGCUUUUGGCUUAAAAACCUAUACAUUCCUGUCCAUAUUGCGUAAGGUUGGUAUAAUUGGACAUUGGUGUGAUCUUCAAAUAGUUGUCUUGGUUCGCUCGUUAAGAGGCCUCAGAGAAGGCAGUUGAUCUCACCCCCACCACCCCUCUCCUCGCAGCACAUGAAAUGCUUAAUCUUUCUUUUAAUUCACAGGGAUGAUGUAAUACCUAGUCUGCCACUUAUUUUAGUUUCUUAAAACCUGAGCCUUGUGUUAGAGGUUCCACGGCAACCUCGGAUUAAGUGAUCUAAUCAUGAUUCUGCAAGAAGUGCCAAAACAUGCCUGUUUUUGUGUUUUCCUCCCAUGUCGUGACAUUACUUUCCUCACCGGUAAUGCUCAAACAAUAGCCUGUUGGCGCUUAGUUCCCUGAAUGCAUACGUCUUGUGUCCUCUUAUGCGGUCAUGAAGGAGGAUGAUUAGAAAGUCGAUCAGGCUGUGUUGUUCCUGUAUGACCCAUCCUGUGGCAUUUUGAAGGAAAUGUUUUUCUGCGUCCCAGCUGCGGGAGGGCAUUGCUUCCUUCAUGGGCAGGGCCAGGCAGAGCAUGGAGAGGGAGCAAAAGAAAAGGAAAAAAAAACGUAAUGUGGCGCAUCCAUUUAAGUGUCUGUUCAUGUCGACGUCAAGUUUGAGCUGCAUUGUAUACACUGAUGUUUGCACAGAAGUGGAGACUUGCAUUGCACUUACCAAACUAUUUGAUACAUAUUGUAAUUUGUACAUGUUUUAUUUAGACUGAUGGCAUUUAGAUGAUGCAAUAAGACUUAUUUCUCUGUGGAUCAAUACCUUUUGUUUUUCUGUUCCUUUAGUCAUUUUUAACAAGCCAAGGUAUCUCGUAUUGCUGUAACGGAAUAACGCGUGGCAUGUAUGUUGAGUAGUGAGAAAUGCUUGACUGACAAGCCAUCGAAAUGUGCUCUUUGUGUGGCAUCAUUUUUAGGUUGUGUGCAUGCAGGUUCAAAGGGAUUGCUCAACAGUUGAUUCGUCUUUGGCUUCACAUAAGUUGCACCGUAGCCUGUGCUAUAAGCCACACAUAAACAUUUGACUUUACCAUUGAACACUAGGCAAUGACGUGGGCUUCUCUAGUAGCCCCUGCAGGCAACAUUUUACGGUUUUACUAGAUGUUUUGUUUUUCCUUCCCAAACUGGCCUGUCCCACAAAUUUGCCUUGUGGUGAUAACUUAUGAGACAUUACUUCUUCAAGUAGACAUUAAUGACAAACAUUAGACUGCAAACCUGGAUUUUAUUUUAGAAAAACAGCGAUGGAAUGAUUUUUUUUUUAUUAUUGCAUAUGUUCUGUAACAAUACUCACUGAUUUGUUUUUGUUUUUUAUGUAACGCUCGUCACUUAAAAUCAAAGUCUAUUAGCAGGAGCACAAAUUAUGCAGGCAUAAUUAUGCGUGUUUCUCAUUGUUUAUUAAGUGUAUGUUUUGUCGUACUGUGUGGGCGUGUGUAUUUCAGGAAUUUUGCGUAAGUGGUUCAUACAUAUUCUUGAAUCGUUAGAGGAAGCCUGAUAAAAUCUGCAAACGUGAAAUCUGCAAAGAAAAUACGAAAAAAAUGAUUUUCAAGUAAAUGCUAAUUUUAUUUUAUUUAUGGCCUAACCCUAUGUGACGUUUUGCCACCACUUUCACCAAAGUGCUUGUUAUAACUAAAAAUGCAGCUUCGGGAGGACCAACAACAUCAGUUCUGGAACCUGCCAAGCUACAGUUUAGACUACAGACGGAAUCCUUUGAAGCUGAUGUCAAUGUUUAGCCAAAUUACCACUCUGCUUCUACUGCAUUUCCAUUAUGUGUGUCUGAAGUAAGGUGAUAAUCUUGAAUCUUUUAUAUCCUGUGGACUCUUACUGGAUGCACAAGAUGACCUUAGAUAUAGACUGUAGCUCUUUGGUUCACCACAUGUUAACAUAUUUUACUUAAAGACAUUUUCCAUACAUUUUAGUCUGUUUGUUGGUGCAGUUGUACCCAGUUAAAAUAAAUGCCUGCCUUAUAAAGGUACUCCUUA